UUGGUCCUUACUGUGGAUGCAAGAUUAAUGAAAUGCCCUCUCUUCCUACCAUUCCAAAUACAUACCUUGCCAGAUCCGAGGAGCUAUGCAGCACACCCUGCCUCCUGCCAUGGUCCCUCCAUGUCCCCCACCCCCUUGGUGCCCUUCAGCACUGUAGGAAUGCUUGAAGCUUUCCUUCCACAGAGUGUGAAGUCUGGGAUGACAUAAUCCGUGGUGUUCUCAUGAUGACUCUGGGAAGAAACAGUAAAAAAGUGUAAAUUUCCGGGCCUCCCCACACACAGCAGGAAUUCUCUGCAGUUUUAAGGAAUCCAAGCACCUCUGCCAUUGACACCAUUGCACUUUUGGCUAAGUAAACAUGUGACCCCAUAACACUAGCAGCCUAGAGUGGGGCUUCGUGUUUAGAUGGGUUGAGGAAGGCGGAAGGGACACUUCUCACUGUUUUCAAAGGGAGCCCACAGAAGGGACACUGCUCAGAAACCACCUCAGCAGGGAGAGGAGGGGAAGAGGAGGAAGGAAGGGAAAACGGGGUGGAGUAGGGGGAGGAAGAGAGGGAGGAUCUUGGGCAGAGCGGGGAAGCCAACCUGAGCAAACACAGCAGCCCGAGUGUUCCCAAGGCCAAAAUGCUGAGAAUGUCCACUCCUAGUGUGCGUGGUGGUCCGCGUUGCUGGGCCCCCUGGCUCUCUUCUGGCAUUCUCUGCCUCUGCCUCACAUUCUUGUUGGGCCAGGUGGGCUUGCUGCAGGGACACCCCCAGUGCCUGGAUUAUGGGCCCCCUUUCCGGCCCCUUCUGCACCUUGAGUUUUGCUCUGACUAUGAGUCCUUCGGCUGCUGUGACCAGCACAAGGACCGCCGCAUCGCUGCCCGGUAUUGGGACAUCAUGGAAUACUUUGAUCUGAAGAGACAUAAGCUGUGUGGAGAUUACAUUAAAGACAUCCUUUGCCAGGAGUGCUCGCCCUACGCGGCCCACCUCUACGACGCCGAGAACCCUCAGACGCCCCUCCGGAACCUCCCCGGCCUCUGCUCUGAUUACUGCUCCGCCUUCCAUUCCAACUGCCACUCCGCCAUCUCCCUGCUGACCAGCGACCGCGGCCUCCAGGAGUCGCCCGGGACUGAUGGCGCCCGCUUCUGCCACCGCCUGGACCUUCCUGACAAGGACUACUGCUUCCCCAACGUGCUGAGGAACGACUAUCUCAACCGCAACCUGGGCGUGGUGGCCCAGGACCCCCGGGGCUGCCUGCAGCUCUGCCUGAGCGAGGUGGCCAACGGGCUCAGGAACCCCGUCGCCAUGGUCCAUGCUGGGGACGGCACCCAUCGCUCCUUCGUUGCCGAGCAGGUGGGAGUGGUGUGGGUCUAUCUCCCCGAUGGCAGUCGCCUGGAGCAACCCUUUCUGGACCUCAAGAACAUCGUGUUGACCACCCCGUGGAUCGGGGAUGAGAGGGGCUUCUUGGGGUUGGCUUUUCACCCCAAAUUCCGCCGCAACCGCAAGUUCUACAUUUAUUAUUCGUGCCUGGACAAGAAGAAGGUAGAAAAGAUCCGGAUUAGUGAGAUGAAGGUUUCCCGGGCCGAUCCCAACAAAGCUGACCUGAAAUCAGAGAGGGUCAUCUUGGAGAUUGAAGAACCAGCCUCAAACCAUAAUGGUGGACAACUUCUUUUUGGCCUGGAUGGCUAUAUGUACAUAUUCACUGGGGACGGGGGACAGGCUGGUGAUCCCUUUGGCAUGUUUGGAAAUGCUCAGAACAAAAGUUCCCUGCUGGGAAAAGUUUUAAGGAUCGAUGUGAACAGGGCGGGCUCAGAUGGUAUGCGGUACCGAGUCCCCUUGGACAAUCCGUUUGUUUCUGAGCCAGGGGCCCACCCCGCCAUCUAUGCCUAUGGGAUCAGGAACAUGUGGCGCUGUGCUGUAGACCGAGGGGACCCCGUCACGCGCCAGGGCCGAGGCCGGAUAUUCUGCGGGGAUGUGGGCCAGAACAGGUUUGAAGAGGUUGACCUCAUUGUGAAAGGCGGAAACUAUGGCUGGAGAGCAAAGGAAGGAUUUGCGUGUUACGACAAAAAACUUUGUCACAAUGCCUCUUUGGAUGAUGUUCUGCCAAUCUAUGCUUAUGGCCACGCAGUGGGGAAGUCAGUCACUGGAGGUUAUGUCUAUCGGGGUUGUGAAUCCCCAAACCUCAAUGGCCUGUACAUCUUUGGAGACUUCAUGAGUGGUCGACUUAUGGCUUUGCAGGAAGAUAGAAAAACCAGGAAAUGGAAGAAGCAGGAUCUUUGCCUGGGCAGUACCACGUCCUGUGCCUUCCCAGGGCUGAUCAGGACCCAUAGCAAGUUCAUCAUCUCCUUUGCUGAAGAUGAAGCAGGGGAGCUGUAUUUCCUGGCGACCUCUUACCCAAGUGCCUAUGCGCCACAUGGAUCUAUUUACAAAUUUGUUGACCCCUCAAGGCGAGCACCCCCAGGCAAGUGCAAAUACAAGCCAGUGCCGGUGACAACCAAGAGUAAGCGGAUCCCAUUCAGACCACUCGCCAAGACAGUUUUGGAUUUGCUAAAGGAGCAAUCAGAGAAAGCUGCUAGAAAAUCUUCCAGUGCAGCCUUAGUUUCCAGCUCAUCCCAGGGUUUGUCUGAGAAAGGCUCUUCUAAGAAGCUGGCUUCUCGGGCAAGCGGCAAGGAAACAUUUCGAGGGCUGGGUACAAAGAAGAAAGCCAGAGUGGGCCCCCAGGGCAAGAGGAGGAAGAGCCUGAAAAGCCACGGUGGCAGGAUGAGGCCAUCAGCAGAGCAGAGGCGAGCUGGCAGAAGUCUUCCUUGACCUGUUGGUUAAGGUGGCCAACAGGGUGACUUGAGAGAGGAGAGCCACCUCAUCAAAUGAAAGUCACUGCUGAGGAAACACCUUAGAAGUCUGGAAAGCCAGGGUGGAGGUGGGGCAGGGUGGUUUUCCUGUCCUUGGGAAAUCUUGCUGUCUACUGAGUGAACACAUGCACCUUCUCUGUAUGCAGUGCUUCUAUAGGAGACCGUAUCCCAGAUCGCCGGUGGGCCUGGGUUAUUGUGUGUACUAGUCCAUAAGCCUGCUUGGAAUCACACUGGAUAUCUCCAUUUUGUCUUAUGAAUGCCUGAAAUCUGAGAUAAUAAAUCAACAUUUGCUCAAA